AUGGGGCCAGCGCCUGUGGGAGCCCAGCUUCCCGGAGCUGCCGGCGAUCCGGAGAUGAUGGAGUCAACGCUGGAAGGCACAGCCAAGGAGGGGAAGAAGGAAUUUUCAAAGAAGCAUGGAGCGGCUGGGUCUCCAGCGGAGGGUCUCCUGCAGCCAGUGAAGCUUAGCCGGACAGAACUGUACAAGGAACCUACCAGCGAGGAACUGAAUCGCCUUCGGGAGACUGAGAGCCUGUUCCACUCCAGCUUGCUUCGUCUACAGGUAGAGGAGCUACUGAAGGAAGUGAAGCUGUCAGAGAAGAAGAAGGAGCGGAUUGAUGCUUUCCUACGGGAUGUCAACCAAAAGAUCAUGAGGGUGCCCUCAACCCCCGAGACAGAGCUGACUGACCAGGCAUGGCUCCCAGCUGGAGUUCGAGUGCCUCUCCACCAAGUGCCCUAUACUGUGAAGGGCUGUUUCCACUUCCUGCCCCCAGCCCAGGUCACUGUUGUGGGCAGCUACCUUUUGGGCACCUGCAUCCGGCCGGACAUCAAUGUGGAUGUAGCACUGACCAUGCCCAAGGAGAUCCUACAGGACAAGGAUGGGCUGAACCAGCGCUACUUCCGCAAGCGUGCCCUCUACCUGGCCCACUUGGCUCACCAUUUGGCCCAAGACCCCCUCUUUGGCAGUGUUCGCUUCUCCUACACCAACGGCUGCCACCUGAAACCCUUGCUGCUGCUGCGGCCUCAUGGGAAGGAUGAGCACCUGGUCACUGUACGUCUCCACCCGUGCCCUCCACCUGACUUCUUCCGCCCGUGCCGCCUGCUGCCCUCCAAGAACAACGUGCGCUCUGCCUGGUACCAAGGGCACAGUCCUCCGGGCGCUGGUAGUCCCGAGCCUCCCACCCCCCACUACAACACAUGGGUCCUGCAGGACACAGCCCUCCAGUCCCAUGUGCAGUUCCUGUCAACUGUGCUGGGCUCAGCCUCGGGGCUGAAGGAUGGUGUAGCCCUCCUGAAGGUCUGGCUGCGGCAGCGAGAACUGGACAAAGGCCUGGGAGGAUUUAGUGGGUUCCUCGUCUCCAUGCUGGUGGCCUUCCUCGUGUCCACACGCAAGAUCCACACCACCAUGAGCGGCUACCAGGUUCUGAGAAGUGUCCUGCAGUUUCUGGCCACCACAGAUUUGACCGUCAACGGGAUCAGUUUAUGUUUCAGCUCAGAUCCUUCCUUGCCGGCCCUGGCUGACUUCCACCAGUCCUUCCCUGUUGUCUUUCUGGACUCCUCAGGCCGCCUCAACCUUUGUGCUGAUGUCACUGCCUCCACUUAUCACCAGGUGCAGCACGAGGCACGGCUGUCGAUGGCGUUGCUGGACAGCAAAGCUGACGAUGGGUUCCAGCUGCUGUUAAUGACUCCAAAACCCAUGAUCCGGGCUUUUGACCACAUCCUGCAUCUCUUUCCACUGAGCCGUCUGCAGGCAGCAUGUCACCGGCUGAAGCUAUGGCCAGAGCUGCAGGACCAUGGUGGGGACUAUGUCUCAGCUGUUUUGGGUCCACUGACCACCCUCCUGGAGCAGGGCCUGGGGUCCCGGCUGCACCUGCUGGCCCACUCUCGGCCCCCAGUCUCAGAGUGGGACAUCAGCCAGGAUCCACCGAAGCACAAAGACUCUGGGGCCCUGACUCUGGGAUUGCUCCUUCGGCCUGAGGGACUGACCAGCGUCCUUGAGCUGGGUUCAGAGGCUGACCAGCCCGAGGCUGCUGACUUCCGCCAGUUCUGGGGAUCUCGCUCGGAGCUUCGACGUUUCCAGGAUGGAGCCAUUCGGGAAGCUGUGGUCUGGGAGGCAAGCUCUAUGUCCCAGAAGCGCCUUAUUCCCCACCAGGUGGUCACCCACCUCUUGGCACUCCAUGCUGACAUCCCAGAGACCUGUGUCCGCUAUAUGGGAGGCCACCUGGAUGCACUGAUCCAAGGCUUGAAAGAGACUUCCAGCACAGGGGAGGAGGCACUGGCAGCCGCGGUGCGUUGCUAUGAUGAACUCAGCCGCCUGCUGUGGGGGCUGGACGGCCUCCCGUUGACUGUGUCUGCUGUGCAAGGAGCUCACCCAGUGCUGCGCUACACUGAGGUAUUCCCACCAGCUCCAGUCUGGCCCGCCGCCUCCUUCUAUAAGCACCUUCCAGAGCGGGCCUCGCUGUUGCCCCGGCCCGAUAAGCCCUGUCCAGCUUAUGUGGAGCCCAUGACUGUGGUGUGUCACCUGGAGGGCAGUGGCCAGUGGCCACAGGAUGCUGAGGCCAUACGGCGGGUUCGGGCGGCUUUCCAGCUGCGCCUGGCAGAGCUGCUGGCACAACAGCACGGGCUGCAGUGCCGGGCCACGGCCACACACACCGACGUCCUGAAGGACGGGUUUGUGUUCCGGGUCCGUGUGGCCUAUCAGCGGGAGCCCCAGAUCCUGAAGGAGCUGCGGAGCCCUGAGGGGAUGAUCUCGUUGAGGGACACGCCUGCCUCCCUCCGCCUGGAGAAAGACACAAAGCAGUUGCCCCUGCUCACAAGUGCCUUGCACGGACUCCAGCAGCAGCACCCAGCCUUCUCGGGUGUGGCUCGGCUGACCAAGCGGUGGGUGCGUGCCCAGCUCCUGGGCGAGGGCUUCACUGAUGAGAGCCUGGACCUGGUGGCUGCCGCUCUUUUCCUGCACCCUGAGCCCUUCACCCUUCCCAGUUCCCCCCAGGUGGGCUUCCUUCGGUUCCUUUUCCUGGUGUCAACCUUUGAUUGGAAGAACAACCCCCUUAUUGUCAACCUCAACAAUGAACUCACUGCGGAGGAGCAGGCGGAGAUCCGCAGUGGCUUCCUGGCAGCUCGGAAACAACUCCCCGUCAUGGUCAUCAUUACCCCUCAGGACCGCAAACACUCCAUAUGGACGCAGGAUGGACCCUCGCCCCAGAUCCUGCAGCAGCUUGUGGUCCUGGCAGCCGAGGCCUUGCCGAUCCUAGAGAAGCAGCUGAUGGAUCCCCGGGGGCCUGGAGACAUCAGGACAGUGUUCCGGCCGCCCUUGGACAUGUAUGAUGUGCUGAUCCGCCUGUCUCCCCGCCACAUCCCCCGGCACCGCCAGGCUGUGGACUCACCAGCUGCCUCCUUCUGCCGGGGCCUGCUCAGGGAGCCGGCGCCCUCGUCCCUGAUGCCCGUGCUGGGCUACGACCCUCCUCAGCUCUACCUGGCACAGCUCAGGGAGGCCUAUGGGGACCUGGCCCUCUUCUUCUACGACCAGCAUGGUGGAGAGGUGAUUGGAGUCCUCUGGAGGCCCACCAGCUUCCAGCCCCACCCUUUCAAGGCCUCCAACACAAAGGGGCGCAUGGCGGUGUCUCAAGGCGGGGAGAUGGCGAUGGUGCCCAACGUAGAAGCCAUCCUGGAGGACUUUGCCGUCCUGGGUGAAGGCCUGGUACGGGCCGUGGAGGCCCGAAGCGAGAGGUGGACUGUGUGA